UCUUACACUGUGGCAUUAACACUUUGACCCACUUUGCCUGAUUUCUCUUAUUUUUCUUGGAAAAACCAUUUCAACUUGUUGCUGUGAUGCUAAUACUCAACAAUCCCUCCUCGGAACAACCUUCCUAUCACAUGUUGGAGGAACCAUGCCCCUGUCUCGUGUCUGUGGAAUAUUGGUUCUCCUCAGUGUUGGUCUGAUUUCCUUGCCCCCUCCUUGCCACGGAGGGAACAUUCUGGUGUUUCCCAUUGACGGCAGCUCCUGGCUCAACAUGAAGCUGCUGCUGGAGGAGCUUCAUGCCAGAGGACACAGCCUCACUGUGAUCCGAGGCAGCACCACCUGGCACAUCCCAGAGGAGUCUCCUCUUUACACAUCCAUUACAAUUCAAAUGGAUGAGGGUAUGGAGAACUUCUUUGAAGUUUACCUGCAGGAACAAAUGAAGGCGCUGAGAGAAGGGGCGUCAUUCCUAACUUCCUUCAAAAUCACAAAGGAUUUCAUCUCCAUGAUAUUCAAAGCUCAUUCUAUGUGCUCUGAUGCCCUCAUUCAAAUGUUAGAUGAUGAAAGCCUGGUCAAAAGAUUAAGGGACGCCCAAUAUGAUCUUGUUCUCACUGACCCGGCCGUACCACCAGGGGUUCUGUUAGCAAAGUAUCUCAAACUGCCACUGGUGCUACAUGUUCGUUGGAUCCCCAGCGGAGACGGACAAUUUGCCAUAGCCCCCUCCCCACUCUCUUAUAUCCCAGUGCCAGGAUCGGGUUUGACCGACAAAAUGAAUUUCAUGCAGAGGAUCAAGAACCUUUUAAUUUACGGCAUCAUAUUGUUCCAGCACAAAUUCAUGGUCUGGCCAAUCUACGAUGUUGCCUGCAAUAAAUAUAUCGAGGGUGAAUGUGACAUCAUCUCGAUGCUUCAGGAGGCAGACAUAUGGCUGUUCAGGUCCGACUUUGUGUUCGACUUCCCUCGGCCCACGAUGCCGAACGUCAUCUACAUCGGAGGGUUCCAGUGCAAACCGGCCCAGCCUCUGCCAGCGGACCUGGAGCAGUUCGUUCAGAGCGCUGGGGAGCAUGGUGUGAUCAUCAUGACUCUGGGAACCAUGGUUGAGGCUUUACCAAAAGAGGCUGCAGAUGAGAUCGCCAGCGUCUUUGCCAAGAUGCCUCAGAAGGUGAUAUGGCGACACAAAGGGGAGCGUCCCUCCACUUUGGGCGACAACACGCUCAUCGUGGACUGGAUGCCGCAGAGGGACCUCUUGGCUCACCCUCAGACCAAAGUCUUUGUAGCUCAUGGAGGAACCAACGGAGUCCAGGAGGCCAUUUACCAUGGGGUGCCCGUGGUCGGCAUACCCCUGUUCCUUGACCAGUUUGACAACCUUGUACGUUUGCGGGAGAGAGGAGCUGCCAAGAUCAUUGAGCUGGGCGAUCUUAAUGGACAGAGUUUCGAAAAAGGUCUUCAGGAAGUGCUCCUGCAGGACAGCUACAGACAGAACAUGCAGAGACUCUCUAGCUUGCACAGAGAUCAGCCUAUAGCACCCAUGGAUCACGCUAUCUUCUGGGUGGAGUAUGUGAUCCGUCACAAAGGGGCAGCACACCUGCGUACGGAGGCUUAUAAGAUGCCCUGGUACUCGUACUACAGUUUAGAUGUUCUGUUAGUGUUGCUGACUGCUGCGGCUGCACUGCUGCUCUUUACUGUGGCUGUUUUCUGGUUCCUGUGCUGCAGAGGUAGAAGGAAGACAAAAUCUAAAGCUGAAUGAGUUUCAAAAUUUUAAGAAAUCUUAUAGAAUAGGUUCUCUAAAGCUCUGUAGACACAAACGUACUGUGCAUCCUAAGGUAUUUUAUUUGUGCGUCUUUGUUAUAUAGGAAGUGAAAUGACAACCAGUACCAGUACCAGUUGUGUUGAGGAUUUUUGGGCUAAAACCAAUUCAGAUGUGUCAAACCUAACUUGUUAUAUGAAUUGUCUAUCAUUUUAUGUUGAUAAGAGCAAAGAUCAAUAUAUUUGUAUUAUUUCAAAGGAAAGUCUCUGUGUCAUUAUUGCUACAGAAUCAAAUAUACUGUUC